AUGACCCAGCACACCGACGCAGGGGCAAAUCGAUGGGAUGGAGACACGACGGCAAAGACGACGAGCCUCCGUGAUUGGCCUCUGGGCUGGCUGGCAUUCACGCUAAGGGAGACGGACUGGGAUGGCCUUCCUGCAGAAAGUCAAGGCGCUACUGCAGUCCCGUCCAGCCAGAUCGGAGGAAGCCCUCGAGCGGAUGUGACGGUCCGAUGCCGUUGUUUCAGGGUGGAGGGCACCGCAGUGAAGAGGGAGGGGGAGUUAAUAUAUUGUACGGAGUACUGCCGGGGUAAACACCGAGCGACCGAUGACCGGAAGCGGUUGUUGUUCAUAAUUGUUAUACCCCCGGUCGCUUCACCACUGAUGACAUUGAUGACAUGA